GUCUGCCGCUGGCGGGAGGGUCUCGCGGGGACUCCCGUGGGUGUGGCCCAGGGGGUGCUGCGAGUGUGUGUAGUUGGGGGGGGGGUGCGCAGGGGGCAGCGGUGUCGCGGUGACUCGGACCCGCGGGCCGAGCGGCGCGGGCCCCGUCCCCAGUCCCGGACGUUGGCGCGGAGUCACAUCCGGCGGGAGGGGGCGGGCCUGCGGGCCCCGGAAGUGUGGGCGCGGGCCGUGGUUUAACCCGCGGCGCCGGUGGCUGCGGCAGCGGUGGCGGCGGCGGCCGGGGGCAGGUUUCUCGUGCGUAAAAUGAGGAAAGCCAAAGGCCACACAGCCGCGAGGGCCCGGUGUGAGGAUCACCCCAUCUGCUGCGGACAGAGUGCCUAGGACACGGCUCGGUGCAUCGAGGCCCUGCACGUGACAGUCCCUUUCUGUGGCGCGUGGAGAGCGUGGUCGCUGAGCACAGGAAGAUGGAGACUCUGAAAGACAAGACCUUGGAGGAGCUGGAGGAGAUGCAGAAUGACCCAGAGGCCAUUAACCGGCUGGCCCAGGAGGCCCCCGAGGUCCAGGACCUGCAGCUGGAGCGGGAGAUGGCACUGGCCACCAACCGGAGCCUGGCGGAGCGGAACCUGGAGUUCCAAGGCCCCCUAGAGAUCAGCCGCUCCAACCUCUCGGACAAGUACCAGGAGCUCCGGAAGCUUGUGGAGCGGUGCCAGGAACAGAAGGCGAAGCUGGAGAAAUUUUCUUUGGCGCUGAAGCCAGAGACCUUGUUAGACCUCCUGCAGAUCGAAGGCAUGAAGAUCGAAGAAGAGUCUGAGGCCAUGGCUGAGAAGUUCCUGGAGGGCGAGGUGCCCUUGGAAACGUUUUUGGAGAACUUUUCCUCCAUGAGGAUGCUGUCCCAUCUGCGAAGGGUGCGCGUGGAGAAGCUCCAGGAUGUGAUGAGGAAGCCCAGAGUUUCCCAGGAGCCGGCUGGUGACGCCCCUCCUCCACGCCCGCCGCCUCCGCCUCGCCCGGCCCCUCCGGCGACACCCCCUGUGGCCAAAGAGUCGUCCCCGCCACCUUCAGUAGUGCCUCCUUACCCUUUGCCCUACAGCCUGUCCCCUGGCAUUCCCACGGGCCCCACUGCCCAGGGCCCGCUCCAGCCGGCCCCCUUCCCUGUGGUGUCCCAGCCCUCCUUUCCCUACGGGGGGCCUUUGGGCCCUCCUUACCCGGCAGCCCACCCAGGACCCCGGGGUGCUACGGGCUACUCCUGGUCCCCACAGCGGAGCACACCUCCCCGGCCAGGCUAUCCCGUGGCCCCCACUGCUGCCUCUGGCCCCGGGUACCCCUUGGCGGGGAGCCGGGCCCCCAGUCCUGGUUAUCCUCAACAGGCCCCCUACCUCUCUCCAGGAGGAAGACCUCCCUACCCAACGCAGCCCCCGCUCCCGAGCUUCCCAGGUCAGCCCCAGCCCUCAGGCCCCCCUCAGCCACCCUACCCCCCUGGGCCCGCGCCUCCUUAUGGGUUUCCACCACCUCAGGGUCCUACCUGGCCUGGGUAUUAGACAGCAUCCUGGCCCUCGGUCCUUCUCUCCUCCCACCCGUCCCACAGCCCUCGGCCCACCCGCCACUGAGAUCCGAGGUUAAACUGGAAGUGGACUUGUGUCAGCACACAGGGGCCUUGGGGGGACCUGGUUGGGGGCGCGG